UGCUCGCAAGCAAUGAGCACCACCAUGCGCCAACUCGUUUCUGGCCUUGUACUGGUCAUCAUCUGUAGUGGCGUCAAAGCUGGCGACGUCCAUGGAGGGCUGCCUGACGUGCCCCAAGGACUGGAUGGAAUGGGAGGACUGGACAUGCAUUUCGGAGCCAUGGGAGGAGCGGGAGACCCAGGACCAAUGGGAGAGUUAGGACCACAUGGCGGCCCCUAUGACGGCGCAGGCCCGGGUGGCCCUCCUGGUGUUCUCGAUAACCGAGGCUACGGGGAGCCCGAGGCCGGACCCGGUGGCGGCUAUGGUGGCUUUGAUGGCCCAGGCGGACCAGACCAAGGUCCAGGUCCCGACGUCGGCAUGGAACAAGGCGGCCCUGAUCAUGCUGGGCCUAGUGGCAUCGGCGGGCUCAACAGUGCCGCUAGCCACGAAGGACCCUAUGGGUUCGGAGGCCUAGGUGGGCUCGGAAGCCACGGUGGCUUGGGCUUCCUCGGUGGCUUGGGCGGCGCCGGUGGCUUCGAUGGUUUUGGUGGCCUAGGUGGCCAUCGCGGCACUAUCGGCCAAGGUGGACUCGGAGGCGAGCACGGCGCGCACCUUGGUGCUGGUGGAAUUGGUGGACAUGGUGGGGAACUUGGUGGUUUCGCUAGUCAGGGUCAAUUUGGACAAAAUGGAUACAGUGGAAAUGGUUUGCUUGGAGUUAGAGGUAUGGGUGGUAUGGGUGGUUUCGUUGGCCUUGAAAAACAAGGCAUGUCUUUUGGAGCCGGAGGGCCCUCGGAAGGACGGGAUUCAUUUGCUGGUGGAAAUGGGGUCAAUGGACUCGACUCGAGAGGAGGUGCAAACGGUGGUUCCGCUGGUGGAAACAGUGGCUAUGGCGGAAUUGACACUAAAGGUGGUGCAGCAGGUGGACAAAGGGACGGAGGUCAAGGAGGUGCGUAUGGAAGCCAAGAAUACAGGGGAGGUGGAGGCGGUGGUUACAGUGGCACUACCGGUCUUGCUAACGAAGGCGGCGGGCUCGGAGGAGGCUACGGAGGUGAUGGACUCAAAGCCGGUGGAGUUGGCGGCUACGGUGGACUUCGUGGCUACGGGGGAGAGCGCGGAGCUUUAACAGGAGGCUACGGAGACCAACGUGUAAAAGGUGGAGCUGGGGGUUUCGGUGGCCAAGGUGGAUAUAAUGGCGGCGAUGGAGGAUUUGGACAGGGAUACGGAAGCCAAGGAUCCAAGGCAGGUGCAAGUGGCGGCUUCGGUGGAACUGGUGGAUAUGCCAGUGGAGGAGGAAAUAAUGGUGGCGGCUAUGGGGGGCCUGGUGCAUAUGCUGGAGGAAGCGGAGGAGGAGGAGGUGGAGGAGAUGGAGGAGGCGGAGGCCUUGGUGGUGGCUACGGCGGUUCUGGUGGAUAUGCCGGAGGUGGAGGAGCCGGGGGCCUUGGCGGCGGCUACGGCGGUUCUGGUGGAUUUGCCGGAGGAGGUGGAGGAGGCGGAAGCGGAGGCAUUGGUGGUAGCUACGGUGGUUCUGGUGGAUUUGCCGGAGUAGGUGGAGGAGCCGGAGGCAUUGGUGGUAGCUAUGGCGGUUCUGGUGGAUAUGCCGGAGGUGGAGGAGCCGGAGGCCUUGGCGGCGGCUACAGCGGUUCUGGUGGAUUUGCCGGAGGACGUGGAGGAGGUGGAAGCGCAGGCCUUGGUGGCGAUUAUGGUGGUUCUGGCGGAUAUGCUGGAGGAGGAGGUCUUGGCGGCGGCUACGGCGGAUCUGGUGGAUAUGCCGGAGGAGGUGGAGGAGCAGGAGGCGGUGGCCUUGGUGGCGGUUAUGGCAGUUCUGGUGGGUAUGCCGGAGGAGGUGGAGGAGGAGGCAGCGGAUACGCAGGGCCUGGUGGAUAUGCGGGAGAAGGGGGAGGCGAAGGUCUUGGCGGUGGCUACGGUGGUCAAGAUCUCAAAGGAGGUGGAGAUAGUGGUUACCGAGGAUCUGCUAUGCUAUCAUACCAAUAUGGAGGGCUUGGAGGGGGUUACGUUUCAAGUACUGGCACGAAUGGAAAAGGUGCUGCAUUUGGUAGGUCUGGCGGUGGUGGUGGAAGCAAGGGAGAAGGCGGUAGUGGUCGAAAAGGCCGCAGCUUCGAUAACUCUGGAAAAAAGGACAGCAAGGGAGGCAAGAGUCAGAACGACGCUAAAGAAGAUGACGUAAGCGGUGACGUUAGCGGGCUCACAGAAGCAGAGAUAAAGCUCAGGCAAGCGCAAAUAAUACGCCUUGCCCGAUUUACAGCACUUCAAGCGACCGCGCGGAUGUCCGAAGAACUUGGACAAGGCGUCGUUUUCCUGCCAGCUGUUGCAGCAAGCACCGCUGGCGUAGGAGACCUAGGCUCAAGCGCUGUGGGUAUGAAUGGCGCCGGAGUUGGCCUCGCAGGACUCGGCCUUUCUGGCGUUGGAGAUUUCGGUGCAGGCGCAAGUCUUGGUGCUGCGGGUUUUGGUCUCGGUGCCGAAGGCGCGGCUUUUAACGGAGGUGUCGGCCACAAUGGUGGAGCAGCGGGUGUCGUCGCCACUCUGCCUGUUCCUGUAUCGGUGGCUGUGGAGAAGGGAGAAUUCGCCAAGGAGGAGGCCUUGCAGGACCCGUACCAUUAUUACAAGUUCAUGGACAGCAUGCCCACGGCAAAGCACGUCACAUACCCGGUCCUAAAUCUCCAUCACAACUUCGGGCCAGGCGUAUCGGUCAGCCAUUCGGUGAAGCAUGUUGGCAACGGUUUUGUGUAUGGCCAUCCCCACAACAAUGUCCAAGGUGUCGGUGUUGGUCUAGGCAUUAGGAUUCCAAUUUUGGGACUGGGUGUAGAGUACUCCAAAAAGAUCAAGCGGCUUCAUCAUUAGCGAACACUCUAGAUAGGUUCAAUGAACUCCUUGUACAUGACAUCGUCCUAAGCUCAUUUUGCAUCAAAAUAAAUCGCAUUCGCAGCUUUAAUAAAACUGUCUAUCAUACAUAAUAAAAACUUCUAAACUCGAAA